AUGACGCAGUUGGAAGUGCCCAAAGCACCCUUGUCGCCUAACUCGGCCCGUUCGGUCCAGAUGAAGGAGAAAGCUGCGCAGAUCCGCAAGAGCUUCCAGCGUCCAAAGUUUUGGGUCUUGGGCUUUGGCUGGUGCCUGGCGGCUUGCGCUGGUGCUGCAAACGUCAUAGCUUUCAAGAGCUGGCACCUGUAUGCAUCACAUGUGACUGGCAGUACGUCUGCCAUGGCUUUCCGAUUGGAAGGCUAUCAUCAAGGAGAAUACGGAUCAGAGAGCCUGAAAGAGGCUUGCUUUUUAGUACUGUCUUUCCUACUUGGAGCCUUUGCAUGUGGUGUUUUGAUUGACAAGAAUCAAGUCCACUUCUUGGGCAAGGCCUUUUACGGCUUGGCGCUUGUGUUGAACUCAACCUUGCUGGUGCUAGCCGCAUUUCUUCCAGGGCGGCUGCUUCCGGUUUGCUUUGUCGCUGCCGCCUGCGGACUUCAGAAUGCCAUGUGCACUUCUCAUUUCGGUGCCAUCAUUCGCACGACACACGUGACAGGCACUGUCACCGACAUCGGCUCCACACUGGGCCGUAUCAGCAUGGUCUACCUUCGCAAGGGUUGCCGUCGUUCGCGCUUGGAUGACGUGGAGCGUGCGGAAGUGGGUGUGGACGGUCGAAAGCUUGGGGUGCUCUUUGGAUUGUGGAGCUUCUAUUUCAUUGGUGGCUUAAUUGGGAUUUAUAUGGAGAAUGUUGUUCCCUCGCCGCCUCAGCGAGUUCUCCUACUCCCUGCCACCUUCACUGGAAGCUUGGGCGUCUUCUACAUGGCCUGUCGACAGAUUUUGAAGGACUACAUUAAGAAGUUAGAGAAGGAGCGCUUCGAAUCCGACCUGGAAGAAGCUCAGAAAGUCUUGUCGCACAUGGGCAGCCGGUUGCAGACGCUCGAGCACAGUGACCACUUAGUGGUUGAAUGGGAUGCAGAGAUGGGUCACAUGUUCAAAGCACUUCAUGAAGUGGAGACAGGCUUUGAGAUUUUAUGCCACCAACACAGCCAGGUCCUCGAACAAGAGAAUUCAACCUGA